AUCUCGACUUCAAUUUUGCAUUCUUUUUAAUGAGAUUAAUUUAAUCUUUUAUUUCAUUUACCUUUAGCCAUCUUCCUCGUCCAUUCUAUUUAUAAUGGAACACGACCACACAAUGACUGAUGGAUUUCAGCCAGGGUAUGGUGCUGCCAUCUGGUCGCCGGCUCUGACACCUAUGGGAGAAGGCCAAUACAUUGGAGCACUUAUUGGUCUCUUCUUGCUCUCAGUCGGGUUCCGUGCUCUUGUCGCUGCUCAGGGAUAUCUCGAAGCGUACCUUUAUCUCCAUUACUAUCUUCGUCUAUCAUCAACUCAUGUUCCCCGUACCUUCAAACAGGCAUAUGGAAAAGGGGAACAAGAACCAGAUUUAGUACCAGUUGCAAACGAUCAUGACGAGAAUCAAAACCAGAGCAUUUUGAGUGCAAAGCAGCAGGAUAGCAAUGCGCUCCAGAUAUUUCCCGACCAUUCACUUAGCGCCCUUCACGCCCAGGACCAACAGCAGAAGCAGCAAUUGAAGAGACCCCAAGGCGAGCAAGGGCAGAAGGAUGAGGGUAGCUUGACACAAUCAUUUUCACAACCACCUCAAUUAACAGCGCAUGCUGGACUCAACCGUAACCUCAAUCUCAGAUAUAAUGGACUUUCCAAGAAACACCGUCAUCCUCUUUAUCAACCUUAUCUUUACGAUCAUGAUCAUUAUGGCAAGCCUAGCUCUUCAGUAUCAUUCUUGUCCCCUAUGCCAACUGUCCAACCUUUCGUUUGGCAAGCAGAGGUCUCAAGAGCGUUACUAAUGACUGCAGUAGUUGGGGUUGGAUAUAUGCUCAUGUUAGUAAUCAUGACCUACAAUUCCGCCUAUUUUGCCGUGAUCUUAGUUGGAGUUUUCGUAGGGGAAGUAUAUUUCGGACGAUGGGCCCGCGCUCGACCAAUUUCCCCUACACCAUCAUCCUCAAAGCCCAAGCCCAAGCCAGAACUAACGGCCUUAUACCCAUAUACUGCUAGAGAAAGGGUGAAUGGAGAGCAUUCCGUAUCGACUUCCUCGACUUCGCUCGCUUCAAGGUCUUCGCAUGGUUACUCCAUGAUGAUGCAUCAUGGCGCUUCAGCAGAUGGGUGUUAACAAGAUAUCUUAAAAUAUAAAACGUAAAAAAUAAAUCCGUAACAUUAAAGGUAGUCCAUAUUUUCCUG